AUGAGCAACAUGGACCGCGCCGCUUGUCACGUUAUCUAUGUCAAUCGCAAUGUCUGCGAGGAGGGUUUGGUUCGCGCCAUUGCUGACCACGGUGCAUCCGACUGGGCUACAGAUGAAGCUCGUCAAAUCGUGCAGCCUCUUCUAAAGGCAUUUGGCGAUGUCAAUGUCUGCGCCUCUGGGGGCGCUUGUUUGUCAAAACUGUUCGAAUUACAGGAAGUAUCUAUGCUCGAUCUGAAGCCGACACUCGUACUUCUCGACACUCCACACGAUGAACCAGUUCACGAGUCCCGGAGAAGACCCCUGUCGCCCUCGCCUUCUUGCACUUCUUCCACAGAAGAUGUCGAUAUUCACACCCCCGACGAAGAUCUCUAUGGUCUUGGUUUGCUACAAAAGAUCAUCACCGAAGCCCAUUUGCGUGGCAUGUCCAAGCUUAUUGUCCCGAUACCAGUUAUCAGCAAUCCACAGAUGGAGCACCCAUCUACGAAUGGACAGAUGACUGAUGGCGCCGUGGAGCCCGUUGUUUCGCCUUUGGGGUUACUGGAUGCAAACCGUCAACUCAUCAGGAGAUGCCUGGAUCUUGGCGCUGUCGACGUCAUCAUCAGCCCUCUAAGCGUCAAGUGCAUAACGAGUCUGGAAAUCUGCGCUUAUCGAGCCCAUAGAGAUGCUGCAAAGGAGCAACAGACCCUGCUGGAAAUUAGGCAAGGUCGGAAACGAUCCUGGGUUGGUGUGAACGAGGAGAAGCCGUUUGCCUACCUUCGGGAAGCCAUGGUUUCGGGGCUGAUGAACGGGAUUUGCCGUUUGUCUACCAACGAUGACCAGAUCAAUAAUGCACACGUAGCCGUGUCUUCUGAGCGACAGGCUGCCAUUGCUACUGCAGUCGGUAGUUGGCGUUUCUGUGCCCACUCACUCUCUGACGAUGAGUUGCUCGUGGCAGCCAUGGACAUGUUCAGGCACGCCUUGUCCAUGCCUGAACUUGAGCGAUGGCGGCUACAUGCAGACCAACUGAUCAGCUUUCUCGUUGCCUGCCGUGCCGCGUACAACAGUUUUGUUCCGUAUCACAACUUUCGCCAUGUUGUGGACGUCUUGCAGGCAACCUUCCAUUUCUUGGUUCGCAUCAACGCUCUGCCGCCAUAUCCUGCAGGUGCCGAGCCCAAGAUUACUCCGGCAAAAUCUCCGAUGGCUGCGUUGAUCACGCCUUUUGAGGCCUUGACGCUUCUCAUCACUGCCAUCGGUCACGAUGUCGGCCACCCUGGUGUCAACAACGGGUUCCUCGUCACACUGAACGCCCCUCUAGCCCAGCUUUACAACGAUCGUUCCGUCUUGGAAUCGUUCCACUGCGCUGCUUAUUCGCAGAUCCUUCGCCGAUAUUGGCCUGCGGCCUUCGAAGACAGCAAGAUGCGUGAUCUCAUGAUUGCCUCAAUCCUGGCAACAGAUAUGGGCCUACACUUCGAAUACAUGAAGAAGCUAGGAAACGUACAGGAGCGUCUCCAAGUGGACAACAGCACGGAUGGCUGGAACGGCCGGCAGCUGCAGGAGGCUAAGACCUUGGCGUGCUCACUUCUCAUCAAAUGUGCCGACAUCAGCAAUGUGGCAAGGAAUCAUGAGAUAGCGUUGAAAUGGACGUACAUUCUCUCGGAGGAGUUCUCGCGGCAGGCGUCAAUGGAAGGUGAACUGGGCAUUCCGUCGUCGCUCAUGUCACCGCCGAAGCAAGACAUGACAUCAUUGGCCAAGAGCCAGCUUGGAUUCAUGAAUCUCUUUGCCACCCCACUGUUCCAAGGAGUUGCCGACAUCAUGCCUGCUAUGGAUUACACCGUGGAGGAGCUCGAGAUGAAUAAGAGCUUGUUCGAGUUGAAGCUGCAGCAGGAAAAGGCGAAGGAGCCGUUGGAUGACCCAGUUCGCAAGCGCCUUCUGAAGGAGGGCACGUUUUCGCCGAGGACUAUGAGUUUUGCGGUACCACAAGAGGAGGAAAGGAGAGCGCCAGCGUCACUAAUGGAGGUAGCGGACCGAAAGUCGGACUCGACUCCAGUGGGUAAUGGAGAUCUGCCAAAGCCCCGGACGGAGGGAGAAGAUCUGUCGCCAGCCGACAGCCAGAGGACAAUGGGUGCGUCGCCCGUGAGCGGCACGUUCGAGGAGUUUAAGGAAAUCAAUGGCUCGACGUCAUCAUUUGACGCAGUCAGGGAGUUGGCGAACAGCGAUCCGUUUCAAUCACGAAGCAGGGGCGACAGCUAUCCUGAUGGCAAAUCAAUGCCCUCGGCGAAGCAGAGAUCGAGCGAGACAACUGAAGGAAGUGUGUCGGGGGCAUGCUCGGGAGACUGGGCUUCCCAAGCGACGAGCGCAACAACGGGCAAGAUGCCAAUGUCACCAAGCACGCGGGGCACAAGUAUUGUCAGCGGGGACUCGACGGAACACCCAGUUGGCAUUCCUACGAUCAACGUCGAUUCGGCGAGCUUGAAGGAGACAUCGGGAGCGAUUUAUCACGACAACUCGGCGAUGGAUGACGAGACAAGAUCCAACGCAAGCACGACAGGCGGAAGCAUUGGCAAGGCCGAGGGCAAGUCAUUGAAAAAGAAGACUAGCAGGUUCAGGAUGAAGGACUUCCCAUUCUUCAGGAGGCAUAAGGGCACAAGCUCGCCAUCGACGGCGGACACGACUGGGUGA